AUUAAGUGACAUGAUGAGUUUUAGUAAAUAAUCUCAGCUAGCACAGCUGAUGUGCCAGCUGUAUGGCAAGGCCGUUGCAAAAUUCACGGCCAGCCAAAAAAAAUUCGCGGUCAGAUACGCGGAAUCGUUUAGUUUUAUGUAAUGAUAAGUUGACACGGAGCAAAAAAUAUCUUCUGAUGCGCUAAUUGUACUGCUCCACAAUGCUUCAUUACCAUCUCGGGUUCAUCGUCCGCUGUGCGCAGCGCACUCCUAAGGUCCUGUUGGCGCCGGUUUGCCACAUGAGCAGCCUGGCGCCCAUGCAGGAAUACCAGGAGCGCCUGAAAACGGGACAAUUGAUGGCCGACGACAGGCAAAUGCAAACGAUGAGGGAGCUAGAUGCAGUGUACCAUAGGAUUAAAAACUACACGCCCACCUACAAAAGCGGACGAGGCGGUGGAGGCUUUUUCAGCAGGCUUUUCGGCGCCAAACCACAAACAGAAGAUGAUCCCGAUGAUAUUACAGCGGGCAGCCACGCUCCUCUAGGAUUAUACUUGUACGGAAGUGUGGGCGUUGGCAAGACAACUCUAAUGGACCUCUUCUUCGACUGUUGCCCUCAUAUACAUCGCAAACAGCGCGUUCAUUUUACGGCCUUCAUGACAAAUGUUCAUGCUCGGAUCCACGAAGCCAAGACGUUGCAUGGACCUGCAGAUCGAUCUUUCAACUCUGAAAAGCCAGAACCCUUUGAUCCCACAAAACCGGUAGCGGACAUGAUAGCAAGAGAAUCCUGGUUAAUCUGCUUUGAUGAGUUUCAAGUGACGGACAUAGCCGAUGCGAUGGUGCUAAAACGACUGUUCACGCAUCUCUUUCGUCAUGGGAUUGUCAUCAUUGCCACCAGCAACCGUCAUCCCGAGGAUUUGUACAAGAAUGGAUUGCAGCGAACCAAUUUCCUACCUUUUAUUGCGCUUCUGCAAAAGCGCUGUAAAGCGUCCAAGCUUGAUUCGAUCGACUAUCGCCGGAUUGCCAAGUCCGGAGACACAAACUGGUUUGUCAAAGGCCAGACAGAUGCGGAUGCCGACAUGAAUCGCAUGUUUAAGAUCCUGUGCUCUGAGGAAAAUGAUAUCAUCCGACCGCGUACCAUCACCCACUUGGGGCGGAACCUUACUUUCAGUCGCACAUGCGGUCAGGUGCUGGACAGCACCUUUGACGAGCUAUGCAACAGAGCUCUGGCUGGCAGCGACUAUCUGCAGAUUUCCCAGUUCUUUCACACCAUCCUCAUCCGCGAUGUGCCCCAACUGACCCUCGAUGUGAAGUCACAGAUGCGGCGCUUUAUUACGCUAAUAGAUACACUAUACGACAACCGAGUGCGUGUAGUCAUAUCGGCAGACACAUCCCUGGACAAUCUGUUUAACUUCACAGGCGGUUCCAAGGGCAUAUCCGACUCCGACCGAGCACUGAUGGACGACCUAAAAAUAAAACACGGAUCGAAAGAGUCCCAGUCCAGUGUUUUCACAGGUGAAGAGGAGCUAUUCGCCUAUGAUCGAACCCUUUCGCGACUAUAUGAAAUGCAAAAGCGAGAAUAUUGGGAGCAGUGGGCCAAACACCGUUAAACCCCAACUAAUAGUACAAUUAGCGCAAGUACUUAAUUAAUGCGUAUACCUCCGUGUAGUGCAAUUUCGAAAACAAAGAACAACAAAAUUUUUGUUAUUUAAUGAUAUUAGCUAUAUAUUUUCAGCUAAGUGCCUUUUGAAAGUAUUAUAGCAAUGCAAUAAACGUAACAACUCAGUAA